AUGCUGCGCAGUGGACUGCGCGGUGUGAGCAGCACUUGUGCUGGCGCAUGGCAUGCACGCUCGCUGAGCUCGCUUCCCCAGCCAGCAAAGAAGGGUCCGCAUAGGUGGUGCUUCGGUGCGGCGCUUGUGGGCGGUGCGUUGGGCGCAUUCGCACUCUCCGCGCCGGCAUGGACCGACGUGUGUGAAGAGGCACAAAUGGCGCCCACUGAGCAGCGCCUCCCUAUGGCGGCUGUAUAUGCAUGGGGGUCCAAUAAAAGCAAAGUGGCGGCGCCGUCGAGUGGAAAGGCGACGGUCAACACGCCGAGCGCCAUACCUGCGUUUGAGGGUGUUGGAUUCCGGGAUAUGCAGCUGUGCACCACCUACGGCGCAGCCGCAGACGUACAUGGUGACGUGGUACAAUGGGGCACGGGAUUUACUGGUGAUGCGCCCGAUGCAUUCCCUGUCCCGCAAAGGACGCUCGUGGGCAAAGACAUUGUGCGGCUCGAGCUGUGCGGCCCAAAGAUUUACGCCCUUUCGCGCGCCGGCGACAUUUAUGUGUUUGCAUCUGCGCGCGCAAACCAGUCGGUGCAUUAUUCGUGGAUGGAGAAGCUGGCAGGAUCGUCCUCAAUCGACUACGUCAAGCUAGGUGCUCAGGGCGGCCGUUUCUCCAGUGAAAAAUUUUGCGAUAUCGCCGGUGGCGAGCACCAUUUGCUUGCAUUGUCCACUUCUGGGCACGUCUGGGGCGUGCCGGUGGAUGCGGAAGCGAAUACGUACGGGCAGCUGGGAUAUGCGCGCACGGAGCUUAACGCGGUGCGCGACGGACAGCCCGUGUCAGUGGAAUGGCAGCUCCAGCCGCGCGUUGUGCAGCGCACCCAAGGCAGCGACAAAAGCGUCGAUGCUGUGCCGCACCGCAGCAUCAUAAUGGAUUCGACCAGCAUUCGGUAUGCGACCAAAUUGCGCGCCAUACCGAGCUUGGAAAAUAGUACUUUCGCCGAAAUUGCUGCGGGCUCCGCGCAUUCGCUCGCACGAACGCUGGAUGGGCGCGUACUUGGAUGGGGCGCAAACGGUAACGGUCAGCUUGGUUUGGGCGUCUCGACGUCUGUGGAUACGGUGGCCGUGCCCACCGAAGUUUGCUGGCCACGAAGCCUCGUGGGAAGGCGUGCACAGUGUUUGCGUAUCGCUGCAGGCGGUGUGACGUCCAUGUUUGCCGUACAGAGUGCCGGCGUCGCAGGCAAGACGGACAAGGAUGCACCUCCGCCUUUCACCAUGGAAAGCCGCAUUGAUUUGCUGGCAGCAGGCGGCGGCGCGCGCGGCACGCUUGGCAAUGCGCAGCGGCCGCAAACGUGCAGCGCGCCUGUACGUGUGCGCACCGUUUCUGGGCUCGCAGAGUACGACGAGACGUCCCGCGCCAUGUCUCCUAUCCAUAUUCAUGCUAUUUCUAUUGGCUGCAGCGGUCAGUGUGCUUUGGUGAUGGAUGCGCCGUCCAUUGGCACAGAGACGCGUCGCGAUGUGUACGUGUGGGGCGCAAACGAUACCUACCAACUGGGAAAUGGAAAACGGACGAACGGGGCGGUGCCAGCAUUGCUCACACUCUCCGACGAGCCACAGAGCGAGCGCACGUCGCGGAAUGCACCCAUCCUGAACCGGCUGCUUCUGGUGGAACAAACGACGGGAGGAGCGAGUGCGUACGAUCCCGACGGUCGCCGCUUGGAACGCGCUUAUACUUCGCUUGCGCAGCGCAUCGUUGCGGGCGGUGAGUGUAUGGCGGUGUAUACACAAAUACCUAGCUAA